AUGGCUUGGAAGCAAAGACUCUUCUACUCGCGUACGAUGUCGAAAGCAGUAGCGAAAGCCAAUGCUAAUUCUUUGGAGAAGUAUGAUGAACAGUUGGAAUCGAAUUUCCACACGACAAACAAGGUGUUCUGGCAGACCAUCCGCCAGCUCCGAGGUGAAGAGAAAGGCAGUGGACGCGUGCUCAAGGACAAGUCUGGACACCCUCUUACCGAAGUUGAGGACAUUAUUCCGCGAUAG